AUUAUGGGUAUAUUUCAUAGAUGUAUAAUAAUCCAGUCGUUACAAUUAAGUAGACUAAUUCAAUACAUUUGCCAAGAUUUUUUUUCUAAAACACAAUUUACAUUAUCUUGCAGAUAAUUACUUAUAAAAUUAAAAAAAAAAAUUAGCUCUGUUUCGGUUUCUAAUACAUGUUUUUUCAGUACUCGAUAAAUUAUUAUUCCUAGUUGAAAUCUUAAGAGUAAAAUACUAAAACUUAACUUCAACAUCACUAACUCUUGGUAGUUGGCACUCAACAGUAUAUAUAUUUGAGAAAAAAGAUUGAAUCAAAGGGAGCUGGAUUAUUGAGGUUUGUUAUAUUUGUAAUACAAACUAUGAAUAUCUUGUUUAAGGCAAAUUCAUCUUACACUAUUUUAUAUACGGAAAGCUCCACAUUAAUUAAUCUUUUUAUAAGUAAAUUAGUCCAGUUCUAUUGCUUUGAGUAAAUGUUUAACAACGGUUCUAUAAAAAUUUUUCAAAAAUUAUGAGGAACUAACACGCCUCUUUCGAAUAUUUAAUAGAAUUUCUUUUUUUAAAAAAGUUUUAUCAAAUUGAUUCGUUAUGUUGAUAAUUUUUGAUUAAUUUUUAACAGUACGGAAACUGAUAUUUCAAGAUGACCUUAUUAACAUAUACAGAAUACCAAAGAUGAGUAGUACAUCUGCGAAUUUCUAAUGAGACGUAUAACUAUGAGAUCUCAAAUUUAUCUAUUUUUCGACAUGCGAAUUUUGUAACUGAUAAACAUACUGACACUUUCGAAUGUGAAAGUCUACGUAUUCGAAAACAUAUUUAUAUUAUUGUUGCAUUCAAAUGCAUUAGUUUUCAGCCAUCUUAAAACAUAUCACUUACUAGUAUUUGAAGCAUGUAUACAUAAUUAUUAAUUUCUUUAUGUUUCUAAUGUUCUUGAUUUUAGGUCUCUUCAAGUUUUUCUAAUAAUUUUUAAAAUGUAGAUAAAAUUUAACGUUUCGACUUUUCUUUAAGUCUAUCAAAAUAUGAUAUUAACACUCACAAUUUAUAAGCAUAUCAAAAUCAUUGAGUUUUAGUAAGCUCUCGCUUCACUUUUUGUGUACUAUAAAUGCCUUUAAGCACAGUAAAUGGAAAAGCAGAUAUCCCCCAAAAAAUUACUCUCAAAUAAACAUCAGAAAGCAUUUCUAAACAGCUGCGGAAAAAAAUUGUGACGAAUCAAAAUAAAAAUGUUAUUGGAUCAGAUAAUCUAUUUAAAAGUCAUAUUUUCCUAGAAAUCCUUUUUUCAAUUCACGAAUACUGUACUGGUAAAUUCUAUAAAGUUAUUUUACUUCUUAAUAGUAAAUUUUUACUUCUAUAUCAAUUUUGUGGAAAGAAAUUUGUAUUAUAUACUUUUUUUCAUAUCCAUUAUGACAAUAUAAAUAAUACAUACUUUUUCUUGACAGGAAUUGAUCAUUUUAAAAACGAACUUGAAGGUAUUAUUAAUAAUCAAUAGACUACAGUCACGCAAAUUUUCAACAUCAUUUGUUAUUCAACUUACAGAACUUCAUUUUGUCGGUUCAGACCAAGUGUAUUUUAUGAUUUCCAGAAUUGUUAUUUCUAUUGGAAACAAAAAUUCGAUUGAGGCAGUUAUCAACAUAAGAUUCACGGUGAAUCGUAGUUAAGAGAAACACGAGUAGGUACCCAUAUGAGUGAUAUAAUUCGAAAGCGGUUGAUUUGUGGUUAGAGAUUUGCCACACUCUGGCUGUUUGGUAUCAGAGAUAAAAUGAAUAUCUGUCUUACCAUUUUUAUUUUUCAAUCAGCAACAAUGUUCUUUUGUAUGAAAACAAAAAUGACCUAACGGACGGAUUUUAAGUGGCAUACGUGUAUUAUAUUGGUAGAGGCUAACAAAACCUAGGUGAAUAAUAAAUAUUUUGUGAUUUUAAUGAUUUUUUAUCUUAGAUUAUUUUGAUAGUGGUAGCACUUGGCCUCUUCAAAGUAAGCGGUAGACAUACUCCCUCAUUACUUAUUGAAAACUUCAUUAUAUAACCUAAAAUGCAAUGUAGAUCUUUGAAUUGAUGAUAGAAACUUUAGAAAUAACAUAGACAAGCAAGCAUAGUUAAUAAAUAUUUAUGAGAAUACAGUCUACGUUGAUGCAAAAAAUAGUAAAUCGGAGGAUGUAAAGUGCAAAAGAAAUGAGUUCUUUUAGCCGAAAUAACAUCAUAUUUAAUGAACAUUCGGAUAAAGAAAGUAGUAAGAUUAGUAACAUUAGAAACAGUUUGGCAAGUCAAAUAAGAUGUAUUAUCAAAAAGUAUGAUUAAUAGAUUUCUAUAACAGUAAUCACCAAUACUGUGUUUGUAUUGAAACAUGAAUGUUGAACAACGCAUCAAAAUUAAGUUAUUGUGAUAAUUUCCACACCAUGCCGGGGUAGGUCGGGCGGCCUAAGCCGCGUUGAUGUAGACGGCCUGGGCGGCUUUGCCAGGUUAGAAAAUACCGGCCCGGGCCGUGCCGAUCCCAACCCGCAUAAAGUAGGUACAGAUCAAAGGAAGCCAAGCCGAUCCGAACAAAAAUAUAGAGUGGGGACGUGUCGAGCGACCCCGAGCGGCUUUAGUUACAAUUAAACUAUAAUGUAGGUAGAAAUAACCCGGUCGGCUUCGUUUUCCCGUACCCGCUCGGCUUAGCCCACCAGAGUCAACCUGCCCGGCCUACCGUGGCAUAGUGUGGACCCUGCUUUAGAAUAAACUUUAAGCUUGUCCGCUAUUUUGUGCAUAAAAAACUUUCAUGUAGGUAAGUGAUUAUAUAUUAUAUUCUUUAUUCGUUUUCUCAGUACUACCUUCACCUUGAGUUUUUCGUGUUUCACCAAGCACAAUUUUGAAGUUUAGCCAUUUAUUAAUCCUACUAUGUAUUAAUAUUCACAAAUCGCGGUAUCAACUUUAACUAAUUCACAGCAGUUAUAGCUAAAUCUCUCAAAGCAAAUUUGAUUUAAUUCUCAAUUAAGUGUCACUGAUUCUUUUAGUUGGAGUUGACCCUUCCUAACAACUCACAUCUCUUGUGACAUAAAUUCAUCUACCACAAGCAAGCUACACAUACUAGAUGUGAUUUUAUACCCUUCCAAAAGUUUCUCCUCUAGAAGGUAGAAGCCUUGACAAAUAGGCUGCUAUUUAAAUAUUUUUUAUUGAUCAAAUGAUGAUAUUGAAUACUAAUAAUUGGAAAGAUAUUUUUUUAUAAAAACACUACAUAAUUCAUUAACUUGAUCAAAGUAUUGAGAAAUAGCAACUGCAUAAUAAAGUAUGAAAAAGUUUCAAACAGGCGAAAUGUCGUCUAGUGUUAAUUAGGUUUAUAUAACCAGCAAAAAGUGUAGCAAAUGUGGUAAAUAUUAGGUAUAAGGUGAAACUAUCAUAACAAUUCAAUAACAAAACACAAAAGCUGCAUUCGGUAUUUAACGAAGGGAAAACAGGUAUUCAGAAAAAUAUAGUGACAAAUUAGAAGGGAAGACGAGAAGAGUAAAGCAAAGAGUGACACUAGAAUAUAAUCGAAGAAUGGAAAAUAUUAUAUGGAAAUAUAGUUAAAACAAUAGAUUGUAAUAAAUCGAUGCAUGCAAGAAAAUCGACUAGAUUACAUUCAAUAGAACCUAGGGACAACAAUAGUGAGCGAAGCAAAAAUUACGAAAGUCCUAAAUGGCACAAGCAAUAAUACACCCGCUGGAAAUAAAAAAAUGGAAUCGUUGCAAUAUAGAAGGGAAAGUAUUGCAUCCUUUAUCUAGGUACUUUUAAACAAAAUCCAAUGAGGAGAAGUAAUUGCAAAUAAAUGAAACUUUGCCUUACAUAUCCUUCACAUGUAAAAAAGUAAAUAAGAAAUAAACCAACAAUUAUUAUAGAGGUACUAUAUAUAGGAUACGGUACUAUAUCCUCAAUCGCAAGGUUCUUCACCACAAUAUAAAAGACGAAAUAGAACAACCUGUGGAUGAUUUGAGUGAAUAACAGUAAGAAACAUUACAGAAAACUUGUAGUGAGACAUCGAAAUACAUAUAACAUUUAUAUGUUAUGGAAAGCUAUGGGAAUAACGAACGGUCUAGAGAAAUGGGUUAAUAUAACGAAAAAAGUUAUUUAAAGAUACAAAUGCACAAAUUAGGAAAUAAAUUAAUGGAAUCGAUAGUUAUAACAAAAUGAGUAAAACCAAGAUGUGGCACAUCGUCCACACUUUGCAAUUUUUGUAUGGAUCAUGCCUCACAAAGAUGGUACCGGAAACGUGGAAUUAUGGGUAUACCCGUACAAGGUAAUUUAGUUCAUUCACUACUAUUGUUAGAUGAUAACGUUAUUUUUGCGCAGGAAGAAGAAGACAUGGUUUAUAUGAUAAGGCAGUUGGAAGAAAUAUACGAAUUGUGGUGACGUGAAAUAAAUAUGAGUAAAACUAUGGUACUUGUGUGGAAAUGCUAUGGAAACAAAAAUAGUACGAAGAAAAUCAGCUACACAAGCACUUCAUAAACUGCCACUAAGUUAAAAUCUCACCCAAGAAAUUAAAAAUGUCUAUCUAAGAAUAGUACGGAAUAUUCUUACUUUAUAUGAGGUAAAAGAAUGUCCAAUUAGAGCAAUAGGAAACAGAAUAAAAAUUGUGGGAAUGUCUUUUACGAGAGCAGAGAAAUAAAGCAACGAAUAGGGAUAGAAUGCACAAUAAUACGGAAACCAGAUAACAGAGCAUUACACGUCCAAAGAAUGCCAGAGCACAGGUGGUCAAAACGUUUACUGGAAUGGCAUCCUCUGAGAAGAACACGUAGAGGUCGACUAACUCUAGAAAGGAAAACAUAAACUGAACGUGCGAUGGUUGUUGCACACCUGAGAGUAGGGACUGUAAUGUGAGAGAAGACAAGAUCGGUGAACUCGUGAGGGAAAAUUCCGGAAAAAAAAAUUCAAUAGCGACAUAUCCACAGGAAACUAGAUUAUAAUCAACUUUCCUGUAUACAUAAAUUAGGUUUUAAGGAUAUAAAAUCACAUCUAGUAUCUAUAGUUUGCGAUUGGCAGAGAUAAUUUCUGGUCACCUUGUAUAUUGUCAGCUUAUAUACUAUACGAAACAGGAAGAGGAGGAUAAAAUAAUCAAUCAAUUCAUAAUAAUUGAGAAGAUAUUUUGAAUAGAAGAUUAUGUUGCAUGAGUAUCUCAAUUCACAGUACAAAACAAAGACAUGUCAAUGGUACUUUUAAAAUGUCUACUACCCAGCAACUCCAUCUAUUUCUCGGAUUAAUGUGGUUUUUAUUCUCAUGUUAAUCAAAUUAAUUAUAGCAUAAACUAUUCUAUUUCAUAAAGCUAUAAUUUUUUAAAAUAGCUAUAAUUACAUCAAAUUUAUUAUUUUUCAUAUACAAAGAUUCGACAAGAAAUUCAAUUAAAUAUUCUCUAGAAGCUUCCAGUUUUUUUUACAUAUUCGGUUUAUUGUAAAAAAUUCUAUUAUUAUGGAAGUGAGUGACCCUGAGCUACCAGAUAGUAUUAAAAAACUAAUUGUACAGGGUAUUCAAAGUGUAACGGAUUCACAAGCGAUAUACAUUAUAAAUAAAUAAUUAUUUCUUUUGAAGACCCUGUUAUUAUUUAGUGUAAGCUGUAGAUACGUAUUCUAACGGGUUCUUUGUGGAAAUAUUACAGGGAUUGAGUUAUAAGCUACUGUUUCCUUGUUAAAAUAUUUUGCAUAUGGAAGAAUCUCAUUAUUAAUGUAAUCUUAUAUUACUAUAACGAGAUCGCACAUUUUGAAUAUAAUCUCGAUAAAUUUUUUCAUAAGCAACAUCAAACACAUAGUAUAUUUUGCCUUUCACACUAUAAGUAAAAUCUAAAAUUCUGUUAUUGCAAUGUCUUUAAAAAAAUUUAUUACUGAUAUGAGUGUUUGGAAUGAUGUCUUUAUAAACGUGACAAAUCACCGUAGAGGACGCUCAAGGUUCUACACUGGGGCCAGAUCUAUGGAACGGUCUAUAUGAUAGUUUGCUUUUGGCGCGCUACUCGUUGCUUACGCCGAUAAUGUGAUAGUUGCGAUUACCGUACAAUCUGCAAAACGACCGCAGUUAAAAUUGAACCAGAAAAUGAGACGGGUAUGGGGUUAGGUUAGGUUAGGCUAGGAUGACAAACCACAGACUUCUACUCAUUAAGGAAAAAACUUAACUGAUAAUUCUCACAAGGAAACGAAUAGAGACAAGACUGCCAACUGAGAUCGGGAAAGAAGAAAUCGAGUCCAGAUGAGAAGUAGAUACAGUAGAUCCGAAGAUUUCUUCCUAGAAAAACGCUCCUAGACAGGGAACGUAGCGACGACAUAAGGCAAAAAUUCAGAGUGGAAAAUAUUAACGAAUGGGUACUGAGCAGAAAGUGCGAAUGGGACGAACACAUAAGUAGAAUGAGCGAGGAAAGAAUAGUAAGAAUAGCACGAGACAAGUUACCACUGAGGAGAAGAAGUAUGGGAAGGCCACGAAAAAGAUGGAGUGAUAAUCUUACGAUUACGAACAAAUUAAAUGUUUUUCGAAGAAGAUACUCAGUAUAUUUCUCCAUUUUUUUAAUAUCCUUUUUCUCUUACUCUUGAUUAUAUAUGUAGACAUCGAUCUGUCUCUCUUUUUUCGAAAAAAUAUAGUGUACAAUUUCCAAAUAAAAAUACAGUAACUAUUUAAAAUUAAUUCAAAAUCUAUAUAUUCCGACAAUAUUCUAACAUUUUUUCUAGAAAUACCAUACAAAAAUAACCAAUUAAAAUAAUAUGUAAAAUUUAUUUUUACUUGGGGUCGUACGAUCUGGUUGCUACGUCGUAUAUUCUAUCAUUGCAGCUUUCUUGCUUUUAAGACUGCUCGACAUGGUACAAAACUUGCAUGUAAUUUCUUGCAAGAUCAAAAUAUUGCAGUUUUACGCAAGUCUCUCGUCAUUCAAAAUUCCAUAAGAAGAAGUAAACAAUUUCCCUGUUAGCGUUUCAAAAAUGAAAAUAACAGGAGAAAGUGGUCAGCUACUGCCUUGCCUGAUGAGCAGAAAGAGAGCCCAGACGUUGGUGGACAAAGCCCUGGCUAGAUAGAACAAGGGGAAACAUGAGUUUAUCUAUAGAAUUAGAAGAGAAAAAAUACAAAAUUAUCUUUGUAUCACAAAAUGAGACCAAACCGAUAAUUUCGCAAGUGCGAGAUCUUGCAUGGAACAAUCAGCUGAACUCCAACUGCGCAUGCUUUUGAUCAAGAAACAUUGCGUGUUGCACUGUAUGCACGUUGUCUUUCAUCAACUCAAGCGGCCUUUAUUCCUCCUUCAAUAAAGUGAAAAUAUUUUCAGCUUGUUUAUAAUACAUGUUUGAUAAAUACUUUCAUCGAAUGUUAAACGUUUAUCAUACAGAAAUGCAAUUUGUUGAUUUAUCAUUUUUUAGCACUCUACCACUGAGUACUAAACGAACUAGGUGGUUUUUAAAAUUUGAAACACUAUAGACAAAAAUAUACAAGGUAUCUUAAUCGAAAUAAUGUAGUUACAUUUAACAUAUUGUCCAUCCUGUAUAUACUUCAUACAGAUUUGGUAUGUAGCUCAGUUACAAAAGUAUUUGAAGGGUCAAAUUUUACAGAAAAGAUAGUAGCAGAAUAAGAAAUGCUACUUAGGCUGAUUACUUUGCUCCUCCUCUAACUUAUUUAUGAAUCAAAACAAUUAUUUAUCAAUGCUUCACAUUGCCACAUUAUGUAUAGACUCACGCUAGAAACUGACAAACCUGCUGAAGCGUGCUUACAUUGGAAACAUGAAUUCUAGAGAGUCACAUCUCUAUAUCUAUACUAGAUAUUAGUUAAAAGAGUUAUUAUGACAUAGGAUAAACGGAAAAACACAAGUAAAUUCGAGAACACAUUUGCAGCAGUCUUUUAAAGCAGUAUAAACCAUUUUCUGUUUAUAUUAGUAACAGUGGAUGAGUCCUAUUUCCUCACGAUGAUGUGGAGACCAAAAUUUAGAGUAAAAAGUGGAAACAUCGUGUUUCAGCACUGUCUAGAAAAAUUUAGAUAAAACCUUCAGAAGGGAAGAUAAUACACACCGUAUUUUGGGAUGUUUAAUUUUAGUAUAUUACAUCUGUUAAUUUACAAAAUAAUAUGGGGCGAUACAUUAAAACGAUGAAGGAAAUUGUGUGAUGGUUUCCUCUUUCAUCAAGAUUACGCAUCUAGUCACAGAUCUGCAAUAAUUCAGGCUAGUUUCGAAUUAGUCGACCAUCCGCCAUUUUCUGGCAUGUGGCACCAUUAAUUACUAGCUGUUUCCAAAACGUAUCCCUUGCGUAGUAAACAAUAAUGAAAUUAUAUGGUAAAUUGCAGAGGUUUGUAAAAAUAUUAUGCUAAAUUAUCGAUGUGAACAAUGUGUUAACCUCAAUGGAAAAAUUAAAAUUUCCAUAAUAUUUAAUUGUAGGAAUGAGUAAUUGUAUGACCAAUGUAUUGGUCCUCAUAAGUAACUAUUUGGGGGUGAAUUACUUGAAGAAUUAAAUAGACAAAGUAAGAUCUGAAAGAAGGCGAAAUAAAAAACUAUUCUAUAGCUAAUCUUAUUAUACGAAACGGGGGAUUGGACCUUUAAGGUGAACUUACUAAGGCGCUUAGUGAGUUUCGGAAUGUGGAUCUUUCGGAGGAUGCUGAGAAUUUCCUGGGUCGCUCAUCUCAGUAACAAAGAUGUAAUGCAAAGAAUAGGCAGCGACAGGGAACGUAUAGAAUUAAUAAAAACUCGAAUAACCUCGUACCUGGGAUACAUAAAAAGAAAUGAGAAAUACAGACUUUUGCAAUGUCUGAUCUAAGGGAAAAUCAAGGGAAAACGUAGUCCUGGCAGACGACAGGCUUCAUGGAUGAAGAAUAUUCGCGAGUGGACCGGAUUAGACGCUCAGACGCUGAUAAGAAGGGCCAGAGACAGAAAUGACUUUGCUGGGAUUAGAAGAGGGCACCCAAAGAAGAAGAAUAUUAUCAGUUCAUCAUAGGCAAAAUUGAUAUCAAUACAUAUAUCACGAAAUGCAGCAUCUGAUAUAUCAAAAUGAAAGUUAGUACUACGUGAACUGACACAAAAUCCACGACAGAUACAAGAGUUAGUAUGUUAUAUGCACCGCAAUAUAAACUAGAAAAGCAACACUGAAGGUGGAGAUAUAAAAAAUUUAUGAAAAGUUCGGGAAAGAAAUCUGAACUGUCGUAAAGACGUAACAUGUUUUCAAUACAAACCAAAACAUACUGCGCAGUCGAUAGGUAAACAUUCAACACUCUAUCUCUUCAGAGCUACUAUUACGGACAUGAAAUAUCUAUUUUUCGAAUGGAAAUAAAUGAUUAGGAAACAUAAUUCCGCAUUGUUUUUUCAAAGAGUGAAUCUAUUCAAGUUAAUAGGCCAUAGAGCACUGAAAAUUUCAAAUAAAAAAAGUUUUUUUUGAGAACUAUAUGCCGAAUAUUUUAACAAGUUACAGAAGUUGUGUUAAGGAUCACAUUAUUGACUACCCAUUAUACAAUAAAUUCAGGUAUAUGUCUACAGAUUCUCUUACAAUUUCUAUAAAUCAUUCAUUCUUCAUUAUAAAGUUUUCUAAAAGCUCAGUAGAACUUAAACAGGUUUUUCCAUCAAUAUUUACGUUCAUAUUGAAAUAAAACUAAAAACUCAAACGUAAACUUAGAUUAAAAAACCUGCACAGUUACCUGCAAUUAAACUUAAGUUAAAUAGUUACGUGUCUACUAAUACAUACAAGUAUGUUUUCAUCACAGUCUAUCGCAGAAUUACAUCUGCCAUUUCCUAUUUCUUUUUGCGUGCAUUUCAUCACAGUCAAUACAGAAAAAAUGGUUUGUUUGUUUGAUAAUGCGAAAAUGACAAAUAAAGUAAAAGAAAGAAAAUAAAAGUUUAAAUAAUAUAACAGAGAUGUUAAAUCAAAUAGACUUGCUUCCUCAUUGAUGUAAUUUCCUUGAUAUUUGACUAAAAUCAAUUGAAUAUGAUUUUUAAUGGUAAAUUAAUUAUUUUUUCGAAGAUUUGAGUGGAUCUAUUAGAUAAUAAUAAAAAUGAAAUAAAUAAUUCGAAAAUGGUGCUAUCUAAUUAUUAAGAAAAUAAGGACGGAUUUUGGAUUACAUACAUAAUAUUGCUUCUGCACCAAAAAAAGAGAUUAAACAACGUAAUCAAGAAUGUCUCAGUUACCAUAACUUCAGUGUGAGUUUGUAUGUUUUCAUGUAUAAGAGUUGCAUCAAGUAACUAUAACCACGAUCUCAAGGAAUCUGUUUGAAUCCUAUAUUUAUCAAUAAGACCUGAAUAUCAAGACAAAAGCGCUUACAUAUCUUCCAUCAAAUAAAAAUCCAUCUAUUAUAUGUUUGAUGUAUAUGCAGUUGGAAAUCUCAAAUUUUUUAAUUAUAAAUACAGUUUCCUUUUAAAGCUAUGAUGAAUUAUAAACACUCAGAAGUUUCUAAAAACGAAAAUAACAAUUAUUAUUUAAUAGGUCAAAGUUUUUUAAAUGAUAUCUUUAAAAAUUUAAAAGUGAGUAGGAUCAACAGGAUUACAGCUAUUACUUUAUUACGAAUUUUACCUUUUAUUUAUUGAAUAUUACUGAGUCGACUUCUGACUUCCAAAACAACACAUAAAUAAUUGAAAAUGUCUAUUUUUAUUAUAUCGAAAUUGCUUAUAUUUUCCUUUUAGAAUUGAAUCAAGUAAAUAUUAUUAAAUAACAAUAAUUAAUAAUUGAAUAAUGACUGUCAACCUGUUAGUACGUAUUGUAUAUUGUCUGAACUAAAUCAUUAAUACAAAAUGCAUGCAGUAUUAAAGAAAAUUAAGUGACAAACAGAAAAUAUAAUAUUAAUUUUGAUAAUUUUGUUAUUACGUGAAUCAACUAUCUCUCGAAAUAAUUAAUGUGUACAAUAACAAAUAAGCUUCAAUAGAAAUCGGCCCACUGUAAAAUUUUGACUUUAAAUAUAUUUUUUUUAAAUUACCCAUCAGAUCAAAAAAAUAAUUAUGCUGUUUGUAAAACAAUUUAAUAUGCUUUAAUGUGAGUAUCAAUUUAUCACGAUUAUCGUUUAUAUGCGUAGCAACCGGUAAACAAAUUGUGAUUGUGAUUGUAACGAAAAUAACAAAUUUGACAAAUAUUAAAAUAAUUGCGUUUACAGCAAAAAUUUACAUAUUAUUCUUUUUUCAUAAUCUCGAUGGUGUUCAAGUGUGUUAGUCCAAUGCAUACUACACCUGUGAAAGUUUGUUUGAUGGGGAAUGGCCGGCCAGGUCAACGGACCUUAUUUCACUACAUUUCUUUUUGAAGAGUUAAUUUAAAUUGAAAAUUGGAAACAAAUAUCCAGAAAUUGAAAGAUAGGAUUGAAUAAAGUUCAACUAAGAUUAGCUCAUUUUUCAGAAAUGGGGUUUCUCAAUUUGAGCACUUCAUUUGACCCAGUUUUUGAAUAUCCAGGUAUUACUUCUGUUUUUAUAUAUCAAACAAAACAUUUAAAACUGUCCUACUAAUUUUUAAAGCUUUAAGGACAUGACCUCAAAAAUUAAGACAUACUGGGAAGUAGUUUCACAUUUUUCCGGUUUCAGAAUAUAUUUAAAUUUAACAUAAAAAACGAGAGUUUCUUAUUUUGAAAAUAUCGCUCUAGUUGUCCGCAAUGAAAGCAAAACUGAAUUUACACUAUGACGUGUAUUAAUAUUUUUGCCUUAACGUUCCCUCCUAACAAGAGAAAUUUGAAAUUUUCAAUUGCUAUUUCAAAAAAUUCAUCCGCAGAAAACAAAUCUAUUGCAGAACAGGGAGACUAUAUUGGAUAACUCAAUCUAUGUCGAUCAAUCGAAAGAAAAACUAAUUAAACAACCGUAUAAUGUAAGAAAAGAACCUCAUUUCUCAGUUAGCUGAAACAAUUUUCAUCAAUGAUUUUUUUUUUAAAUUUAUUAAUCACUAUAUCUGAUUAUGAUUGAAGAUUUCUAUAGAUUGUUAUUAACCAUUGUUAUGUAAUAUAACCCGAAUCAGUUAAUAAUAAACUUUGACACUCAUUAUUGUGACUACAGAUAAUCUGCCCAAAUUGUCUACAAAACAUUACUGAAAUUACGAAUAUUAAAGAACAAUAUUGUUUCGAACAGAUAAAAUCGACAUCCAGGACAUUAGGACAAGUUAUGACCGAAAUAUUAAAUAUUUAGGUCGUUCGAAAAGAGGAAAUUUGGCUAACGAUGCGUGAUACCGUCAAAACAAUUGAUAUGAAAAACAAGAGCAAUAAAUUCUUCAAUCCAUUGCACAGUGUUAAUAGCAAUGGACAAAAAUUGAAAAAUCAGGUUUUUAAAAAGUUAAUAUAUAGGCGAUUCCUCUAUUAUUACAAAGUUUAAUGUUGAGAAAAGACGUACGUCAUUUCAAUAAAUGGAGUUCGUAACUUGAGGAUUAGUCUAAUUUUAGCAGUGUUAAAAUGCAAGUCAAAUAUUUAAUCACCUCAUCCUAUCUAUUUAGUUUUCUUCCUGUAAAAUUGAGAUUUGUACUGACAGUUUACUAUCCUCUAACUAUAAAUAUUAAUAAUGAAAUCAUAAAAAUGUUAAGUGAUAUUUUAUUAUUUAUACAUUUUUGCGAAAGUAAAAUUCUUGAAUGUUUUGAAUUUUUUCACUUAGACAACAAAAAACACCUCUGGGAUUCUGAUUGUAGCUAAUCAGAAUUUGAAAUAGUAUAACCCAAUUUACGUACUGCUAGGUGCUCAUCUAACUGCUUUAACUUUUUCAGAAAACAUCCGGACUCAAUAAAUAUUUUACUCAUUUGCUCUGAUUCACUACUAUCCAUUAAAACGAGGACAAUUUCUUGAAAAAAAGCGGAUAGAGCUGAUGGCGAAGUCAGAAAAAUAUAUAUUGCCAGUUAAUUAAGAAGAAGACGACCCUGGCGAAACAGCAAUAAACUCCUCAAAGAUUUUAUCUUAUGUGAAUGCUAGCACAGAUGAUAAAUCUGAUUAAUAUCUAAGUAAUGUAAGUGUAAAUAAGAUAAUUCUAUUAGUGGACGUUGCCUAAACAUGACGAUCAUUGUUAAUCAAUACUGUAAAAAACUCUUUCGCCAUCACCGAUUUCUAUCGGGAAAAGAUUUUACUUUAUACAACUGCAAGAAAUGAACGUUACAAUAUUUAUUCGAUACAUUUCAAUUUUUGAAUGGUGUUGCAGGUAAGUCAAAAGAAAGUAUGUACAAUUUAUCAUAAUUAUUAUAUCACAAUUAAGAGAAAAAAUUGAGAAAAUAUAAGGUGCAAAUUAUAAUUGCCACUGCCGACGAUCAAUCUGAAUUAUAAGAGGUUUUAAAAUGUAUAAAACUUUAAUUACUUAAGAAAGACGAUGAUUUUUAAUCGAUAUUAAAAACUUUUUUUUGGAAUUUUUUAUUUCAAUUUUGGUGCUUCUAAACCACUCAAAUAAGGAGAUUUUACCAUAUAAAAAUUUGUAUAUAGUUCAUGUUACAAAGUAUGUUUCAAAAAUCUGAUGAGUACAAAUUGGGGUGAAACUAAUCAUGAUUAUAUCAUUCGUGUGGAAAAUUGGGAGAGAAGAUAUUUGGUUUCUUCUUUUUAGAUAAAUAUUCGGACAGAUAGAGAAAAAAUGUAACAUUAAAUCAUGUAGUAAUGAAACUAUAAACUUAUAUAAUUCCAACAAUGGAUAAUUGCAAAUCUAGACAGUGUUGUUCUACAAUCCUGAAACAAAACAUUAAGGUUAAUGCACAGGGAAAAUGUUUUUUCUACGUCCGUUAUAAUAUUCACAUUUUUUUCAUUCAUUCGCAUUCAUAAAGAAUGUAAUUUCAAAAUCGGUCAAGAAGCGUGAAAAAAAGUACCGUGGCAGGUUAUUUUUUCAUGCUUUUGCGUUAAAAAAGUGUCGUAACGUCUUAUUUUUUAACACAAAUAUAAAAUUGUUUUAUCAAAAUAGUGGGCUGUGAACACUUUCUUUCUCAUGUCAAUUCGUUUGUCCGAUAAACUGUUACACUUUUAUUACUUGAUAUUCGUUUCAAGAAAAUCCGUUUUGUGUCUAAUUAGAAGGAGUGUAGUAUUAGUAUUAGUGAUGGAGAGUGAUAGCGAAGAAAGUUUAAACUGCACAUCAGAAGACAAUAGAUUGAACUUGGUAAACAUUUAUAAAAAAUGUAAAAACCAACGACGCACAAAUUUCAAAACAGAUCAUUCAUUUCUGCAUUAUAGAAAUGGAAAAUGCAAAACCCAAGUUGUAGUUAUCAAAACCUUUUCAAAAAUUCCCUCGCUUAUCGCAACAUAUUUGAAUUUAUCUAAUCCAAAAAACUACACUGGGCAUACAUUCCCACGCUCUUCGGCGUCUCUAUUAGUAGAUUCCAGUGGUGAUAUCAUUCAACUGAAGAAUCACAGUGGAUGGAAAUCCAACACAGUUGCGGAGGGUUACGUAAACCACUCAAUAAAAAACCAAAUGGAUUCAGCAGUGAAAAUUUUGACAACUAGUUCGACUUCAAGCAACAUUGUAAAUGUUCACGAUCCUACCAACAAUCCAAUAAGUACUAAUACAACUAUAGACGAUGUUUUUUCUUUGAACUCGUUAAAUGCUGCCAAUUCAAGUACCAAUAGUAAUGUAACUUCUUCAUUUCAAAUUAAUAAUGCUCACAGUUCUACUUUUAAUAUUACUAUUACAAAAUAAUAAUUGGUAAGUUUUGUCGAAUUUUUUAAGUCUACGGACGCAGUAAAAUUUUUGUAUGAAACUCGUGAGUAAAGUAACUUUUUUUCACUUGUAGGAAUUGCCGCCAAACCGUCCUACUCGUAAAAAAAGUACUGCUUUACUCACUUGUUGCAUAAAUAACAAUGUUCAAAUGAUUACAAGCUAACAAAUUUGUUUUGUAUAUUUUUUCUUACAGAAGUUUCUCUAAUCCAUGAUAUGAUGGAAAAGAUUUUUAUUUGAUUUUGUCUCAUCGUAUCCAUGACUUUCAUUUUGGUUUGAUUAGAAUCGAAAUUCAUUUAUGACAAAAGCUCUUGAGUAAAUAUGAAAUAUAUAAAAUUUUAGUAGUAAAUCAAUAAAAAAAAUAAAACAAAAUAAAAAUAAAAUAGUUAUAAAACGUUUAUUUCCAACUUAUUUCUGAAUCUUAACAAAGAAAUCACUUUUUCUGGAAACCAUCCCUGUUUCACGAUGUAAUUCUUCAGUCCUUUCUCUCAAUCUUAAAAUUUGUCAGUUCACACUAUUAAAGAAAAUACCACUAACCCAGAAAAUGCGAAAAAAAUAACCGCGUGUCGUAUUAUUAAAUUCUCAAACUAUGAAUGAAAUAGUUAAGUACAAAUGGAAUUAAAUAUAUGCCUGUUUGAGGAUUGAUGGACAAGGAGAUAGUAUAAUAUAUAUAAUGCGACUAUAUAAACACUUCCACAAAUUUCACAAUAGAUACAUUAGAAAAUCACAAAAUUCUACUCAAUUUGAAUUUCAUUAUAGUUUUCUAGACUAUAUUUAUUUUAAAACCAGUAACAAUCUGAGUAUGGAUAAAUUAUUUUGUACAGUGUGUGUGUCGCGCUUAAGAUGAAGACACCACAUUUUCAAGAAUUGAAAUCUUAGUUUUUUCACAGUAAUACUAAGCUGAAAUUAAAAAUUUAUAGCUGGUCCACUAUAACUUCACAAAUAAGUCGAUUCUCGAUAUUUGCCACAAAAAAAAAUAUUUUGACACAAUUUUUAAUGUCACUUAUAUGAAUUCGUUUGCGCUUUAAUUAGUAAAUUGGAUGUUUCCUCAUUAGAAUGCCAUUGAAUGUAAGGGAAGAAGAAAAUUUCUGUAGAUUUCGUCCAAGGUGUUGUCUUUACCCAUUGCCAAAUGAAAUGAAAUCGAAUAAUUUGUCUCUUUUCUUUGAUAUUUGAUUACGGUAUGCAAUUCGUAAUUUAUGAUUCAAUAUUAUUCAAUAUAAUUUUCAUUUGGUUGUUCAAUUACACUGUAUGACACGCGUUUCGAUAACCAAGUUAUCUGACUGACUUAGACAAUUUACCUUCAGUCUAUGAAGAUGAUAACUUGGUUAUCGAAACGCGCGUCAUACAGUGUAAGUGUAAGUGACAAACCUUCUGAUUUUCCGAUGCCGAGAUUCGUGUCAGAAUAAGACAAGUAUGAUAAGAAAUUAAUAUACAGGGUGUUUAAAAAAAUUGAAAAUACUUAGGGUUUGCUCAGUAAAAAAUUUUCGUUACGCCAUCCGUAUUCAAAAUAAACGGCGUUAUAUACAUUUUUUACGAUUUUGCCGCAACUACUGGCAACAUUGUAUUGAAAUUUCAUACGAAUAUAUUUUUACGUCUGACUCAUAGUUAGUACACGAUUCGUACUAAGUAGUAUUGAAUUUUAUAAUAGUAUUCAAGUUUACACCAAAAAGGUACUCUUGAUAAAACUGGAUACUGUAUAUUAUAUAUACUAAUAUAAAUACUAACAGGAAAAUCAUGGUCCAAGCAUGUUUUUUUUUUAUUUUGGCUAUAUUAAUGCAUAGUUCUAUUUAUCAAAACACAUAAUCUAUAACCUGUUAUUUAAGGAGACAAGCUGAAUCAAUAUUUAGAAUCAUAAUCAUUUCAUAAAUUCGGUCUAAAAGCCACUAAAAACAGUCCUCUGUUAUGUCCUAAUUCUGGAUCGAGUAUGAUUCGGUUCGGUUUUUAUUAGUUGUAUUUAAAAAUGUGAAAUAUAUGCUUUGUAUAUUUUUUUUUAAAUUUUUGAUGACAUUAUUGAAUUAUAAAUCUCACAAUUCUUAUUAUAUUAUAUUAACAAAAAUCCUUAAAAAUAAUCCCAUGUAAAGAACAAUAUUUUUUUUGAUAACUCUUCAAUAACUUCAAAGCAAUUAUUAGACUUGAUUUGUAAAUUCGUAGUAGUCGGUAGCAAUUUCAAAUUUUUAGUUAAUUCCAGUAAGAAAUGAGACCCUCUGUAAAAGGUCAAAGUUGAAACCGUCCAUAAUAACGAAAAUAUAAAGUUAUCUUCAUCUUAAAUGGAACACACUGUAUAUAAUAAAUCGGGAUAUAUUUAAUUGAUGAUAAGUUGCAUAUUUUUAGAUAUUUUGAAGUGAUCAAUGAUAAAUUAGAGAGAAAACCUAAAACCGAAAACGUUAAAACACAGAAAUCAGAUUGGAAAUUCAGAUUCAGAUAUAUAAAAACCAUAUACAUUAGUCAACAAAAUUAUUUAUAGUGAACAGUUAUAACGCAAAGAUUCAUAUGAUAAACGUGAAAUAAAAAUUAUUGACCUCUUUUUGCAUAGCACUGUUUGUUCAGCUGUGACAUUAGAAUUACCGUUUAAAGUAGAAAAUUUGAAAAUAACAAACAAUCAAAUGAUCGGUUUCGUUAGUGAAAGAACCAAAACCAAAAAUAUUACGGUAGACAGAAUAGACCGGGAUCCCUCGCCCUUUUUCGUAAGUGAUUACUAACAAGCUAAUUUUUCGUCAGUAGCUUCAUUUUGACGAGACGCCCAACAUUAGCUAGUACAAAAAUUUCGUAAGUGGUAGCUAACAGGGGUAAUGAGAACAUAAUUUGUUGAUUUAGUGGUUAUCAAAAAUUCAUUACUAACUGGUUUUUUAAUUUAUAAUUCUUAUAAUAAUAAUCUAAAGUAGCCGAAAAAAUAUUUGUCCUACAAAAUGCUAGGUUUGAUCAACGAGGUCCCAUUUUUGCAACAUGUACUAUUUACGAGGUCAUGAAAAAUUAUUACUAACCAGCUGAUUUUUUUUUUGUUGGUUAGUUAAUAAUUAUAUAAUUUAACGCCCACAUUGUCCUACAAAUUGCAUGGUAUAUUUUGCUGAUCCUCCAAUGGAAUUUGAAAUUCAUAACAAUAAAAAUCUAUUCAUUCUGUACAUUUUUCUAUUGGAGUUUAGUUAUAUUAGUACGCAUGCGCGCGAUGCUGCGUACUGUGUUUAGUUACUCCAUGCUGAAGCCGACUAUAACCGUGCUGUUCUUUUCUGUUGACCACGUGUUGGACGCUCUGAAAUAACUUACAUUUUUUUUUUAAUUGCUCAGCAAAAAUGGAGUGUUUUUUAUGCAGUGUAUUGUGUGAUAACCCUCGCUUUAGAGAGAAACGCGAAGAGAUCAAGAAAUUUUCUCAAGAAAUUUUGCUUUCUUGUCGAACUUUUUUGUCUGCUCGAAAGCAUCAUAAACAUAAAUAUAGUAAUGUCGUAUUACCGGAAAAUUGGAAUGACGACAUAAUCGGGUAUCAUUCCUCUUGUUAUAAGGAAUUCAGAGUGAAAUCUCAAUAUUUGUGUUAUCAACGGUAAGUCGAUUGAAUAUUUUUUAAUUUUAUUUUCAAAAUAAGGUAAAGCACGCAGCCGUUGCUCAGGAAUUUGUAUAUCUAUAUAUAUGAUAUUUAACAAAUCAAUGAGGUGAAAUUUCGAAAAAAAAGUUUUCAAACUCACAGACUUUUUUUAAAGGAAGCUAAAUUGUUGAAAUUUUUUUAUUUUUGUAGUUCUCUCUGAAUAACUCCGAAACCGUGAAUGAUAAAAAUUUUGUAUGGUAACAUAUGAAAACUAAACAGUUGGGACUAAAAUAAUUUUUUUUUUUUGUUUAUUGAACGACGAUCUCCUUCCGAGUUACAAUCUGUUGAAAAUUAUCCAAACAUUUAUGACCUUUUUUUCAAUCCCGUAAUUUUUGUGUCUAAUGUAUAUACUUAAUUUGAAUUAUUCUUUUAUUUAUUUGUUUUAUACAGAACUGAGCCAGCUGUAACAUCGUCUGCAGCUGAAUGUACUGAAGUUACAGACGCUUCGACUUCUUUAACGUCUGCUCCAAUCGUAGAACCACACUUAAUGCCAUGCUCCUCUCGGUUAGUUCGUUGAAUAUUCUUUUUUUACGUUAUUGUUCAUUCUUAUAAUAUAUAUAUAAUAUAAUUUCAAGUCGCCACCCUGACAAAGCUCCAAAAAAAAUGUUUUCGGUUAUUGAUUUUUUCGUUACUAAUAUAAUAGCUUCACAUGUUAUUAUUUACAGAGAUAUCGAACAGAAUGAAGAAACAGAAAACAUUGCACAUUCGCUGGAUACUGUUGAAGAGAGCUAUGCACAUGAUGAGAUAGAUGUUGAGAGUUUUGAAAAUGAUGGAUCAGCCAAAUCAUGCUUUUUUUGCAUGAAAAUUAACAUCAAACGUAAAGGGCGGCAAAUAUACUGCCGUAAUAUUAAAAAUAAAAUACCUUUUCUACAAAAAAUUAAAAGCUAUGCUACAGAAUUGAAUGACAUUGAGAUGUUGCAAAAAAUUGAAGAAAAGUUAAUCCACCCUCUACCGAUGAUUGGUCUAAAAAGCGAGACAGCCAUAAAAUUGCUAAACAACGAUUAAUUCUAUAUAUUGAAAAAGAAAUUAUUGCAAAUCGUCGAGUGUUGUCACUAAUUCACCUCCAAGAUUGCUACACGGAAUUUCUAAAAGAGACAUAUGAAAAUACAGAUUUAGAGGCUUCCAUUUUCAGCACUCAUGUUCUCAAGGACUUCAUUCUGAAAACAUUACAGAAUAAAAUUACAGUAAUUAAAAUUUCAAAUAAGCAAUUUUGUAUAUCCUCUGAAGUUGAUAUAGAAGCUAUUGAUGACGAAGAAAUCCAAGACAUCAUAUUUGAACAAGAAGCUCAAGAUUUCGCUUUAAAAUAUCGCAAAAAUAUAAUGAAAAUAAAAAAAAAACCUUUAACAGAUUUCAUAGAUAGUGAAGUCUUGAAUAAAGGAGAGUGCGAUAUUCCCAAGUGGUUAAAUAUUUUUUGGACUACUGCCUUGAGCGGCGUUGGCAAAGAAAGCUGCGAUCGAGUUAGAAGAUUAUCUUCAUGUUAUUCACAGGAUUCUAUCUACAGCAUUACAAGAGGAUACAUCAAACCGAAAAAACAUAUUUUAUUGGGUAUGACUGUAAAGAGCCUUACUGGAAGCAAAAAAGUAGUAGAGAUAUUAAAUAGGCAAGGCUACUGCAUCACCUAUCCCAGUAUACUGGAAUUAGAAACGUCUGCUGCAUACUCUUGUACUUCUAAUAAUCAGUUAUGUCCUACCAGCAUUUUACGCACUUCUAUAUUGUCAUGUGGAGUAGCGUGGGAUAAUUACGAUAGAUUUGUGGAAACAAGCUCUGGUAAAAAUACCCUGCAUGAUACAGUGGGUAUUCUUUAUCAAAAUAUCCCAACAGAAGAAGAGUUGAACAUCAUCGAAAGGAACAAUGCAUCUACAGUGUUCGAACAGAAUUUAUCAAUUAAUGUUCGUGAUUUCUCUGGUCGUAGAAAACGUUCAUUUGAGGACGACUCAUUUGAACAUUUACAGCCUACGAAGCAACGUCGUCCAGAAUUUUGGCAUAGUAGUUCAUCGUUACCCGAAGAUAUACAAAAUUCAGAUAAAUUUCAACAUAAAUACUUUGCGUGGGUACUUUCCCAUAAGUUACAAAUUUCAGACACGCCAAUGUGGAUAGGAUAUAAUGCCAAAAUUUUUGAAGAUACUAGUAAAAUUCAAAAGGUGGAGUAUCUCACGCAAAUUAAUGAUUCACCCACGGAUCCAUCAGUUGUGAAAGAGACGAUGCGAAGAAGUUUGCAAAUCGCUUCGGAAUGCCAGAAAAAUUUCUUCAGUGUUACUUACGAUUUAGCCAUGGCUAAGAUUGCUUUACGGAUACAGAGUGCCGAGGACGAAUUUCAAAAACUUUUCAUUAAUUUUGGAUCUUUCCAUAUAAUGUUAUCAUUCAUGAAAGCAAUCGGGAAAUUUAUAAGUGGAUCUGGUUUAACAAAUAUUCUUAUAGAUAGCGAAAUUUUAGCCAGUGGUUCUAUCAAUUCGUUUUUAAGUGGAAAACAUUUUAAUCGGUGUAGAAAGAUUCAUCCUCUACUCUCCCUUGCUUUGCAGAUUUUGCAUUUGGAGGGGUUUUUACAGCAACAUGAUGAGAACCUGGAAAAUAUCCAAGAGUAUUUACAAAUAUUUAAUAAAGAAAAAAAUGAGGACCCACAAAUAACCAAUGAGAAUUUGAAAAAGUUAUUUGAAAAAUAUGAACAAUAUAAAAGUGAAACUUUACUCGGAAGACAUGGUAAAACACCUCAAAUUUAUUUAAUGUACACCAGAUUAGUUGAAUAUUAUCUUCAAUUAGAAUACAGUAUUCGUACGGGUGAUUUUAAUUUCUUUAUAUACAUUUUACCGAAAAUAACCAAUAUUUUCUUUUCAAUGAACCACCAUAAUUAUGCAAGGUAUAUGUCUGUUUAUUGGGAUAAAUUAAUAAAUAUUGAAACAACACAUCCUGGAUUGCUUAAUGAUUGUCAAAAAAGUUUUUUGGGCAUUCGCAGAACAAUGAAACCGUUUUCAAGAAUACCGAUUGAUUUAACACUUGAACAAACAAUCAAUGCUGAUGCUGCUUCUAAAGCUUCUGGAAUUAUUAACGUUACAAACUCGUUUUCCGCACGACAAAAAUGGUCAAUUACUCAUUCACUACGUACGAGUGUUAUAUCAAAAAUGAUGGAGUUUUGUAAUAUGAAAUCCACCGAUGACAUAACGAAAGACUUAAAGGAGUCAUCCAUUAAGAAAGCUACGAAAAACUUAGAAGUAUUAAUGCAACUAAUAAAGCAGUACACCAACCCUUUCUCGUUCGAUCUGCCAAAAAAUUAUCUUUACAAUAUAUCGAAAGGUCAGUCCGUUAGCGAUGAAAUAUAUCAAUUUUUAUCAUCAGUUGAAAUAGAGGGUGAAAAACAGCAUCAGAAUUUCAUUACUGAGACUCGGAUAACACCAGAUAGGUUUGAUGGAGCCAUUAGUAAAAAUAAAAUUAUUAAUUUUGAUUACAAGAAUACGAAAAAAGUCAAAAUUAAUGGAAAAGUCAAAGAAAUUAAAAUGCAAAGAGAUGUUUUUGGCCGUUUACUUUAUGCAUCAGUAGAAAAUAAAAUUGAUAUAGAAAAAGCAUUAAGUUAUCCUCUAGCUCCUGUUCCUUUUUCACUCUGUCAUACUAAUGGAUCGAUAUGCAAGACCCCUAAAUCUGUGAUUAUUAAUGAAUUACUAGAAUAUCAAACCGAAAUUGAAAAUCCUCCAGAAGCAGACAUUCACUUAAUUGAUGGAUUUUAUUUAUUACAUACGCUGAAAAACGUUCCAAACAGAUAUGGUAAAAUCUCGAAACAUAUAUUACAAAUACUUACAUAUAAUAAAAAAGAAGUACAUAUUAUAUUUGACAAGUACAAAAAACACAGUAUCAAAGAUUUUGAACAUGAUCUGAGAGGUGAAGAGGAUACACAGUAUGACGUCAUACGUAGAGACAAUAAUCGUCCUGCGGAUUUCUGCAAAUUAUUGAGGAGUAGCAACUUUAAAGAAAAAUUUGUCGAAUUUUUAAUUGAAGAUUGGACAAGAGAUGAAUUUUUUACCUUGAUUGAAGGGAAGACUGUUAAACUUAAUUAUGAUCAAUGUUACACUUAUGAGGUGUCUAGUGAUAAUAAAAUAAAAAGAAUUAUUGAUUAUAAUCUUUCUUGUUAUCAUGAAGAAGCUGACACCAAAAUUGUGUACCAUGUUUGUCAAUUUAAUCGUAACUAUCGUGUGCAGAUACAUUGUAUAGAUUCUGAUAUACCAAUAAUAAUGUUGGCUAAUUUCAAGUAUUUAAAAGAUGAAAUACAAGUAAUAAUUAAUUUAAGCACAAAUAAAAAAAAAUGUACCUGAACAUAAAUGAAAUUUAUGCCAAGCUUGGAGAUCAAUUAUCGUGUUCAUUUGCUAUAUGCCAUAUUUUUACAGGAAAUGAUUACAAUCCCGCUUUUUUCCGUAAAGGAAAAAAAGACCUUUCAGUAUUUUUAAGAAAAAUAAAAAUUUUCAAGAGGCUUUUAUUCAACUCCUACGAAGUGAUCAUACAGUAUUAACAACGUCAAAUGAAAUAGUUCGAAUUAUUGAAGAGUAUGUAUGUAGAGUGUACUCAUUAAAAACCAAAAAUGAUAUCAACAGAGGACGGUAUGAACUAUUUGAAAAAGGCUAUAGAUCAAAAGGUGGAAGUGAAAAAGUAUUAAAAAAAAAAUAUUAUAGGAUAUGAUCCUUCCAGUUUGCCACCAACAAAACAAGAAUUGUUGCAACAAAUUAAAAGAACGGUAUUCAUCAGCAAUGUAUGGUGUAAUGCACACAUGCGGUGCCCCACAGAUAAAGUACCUGAAAAUUAUGGAUGGACAAUAAUUGAUGGUAAAUACGAGUAUUAUUGGUUUGAUGGUCCUCAAAGCCCAUCCUUUGAAGAAUUAUCUUCUCAAUUGCAAGGUACCCUAUUAAUAUUAUUGAAAUUUGGUUUUUAAUUUUUCGGCGACAUUAAUUAAUUUUUUCAUAUUAUUACAGAUUUAGAUACCACGGAAGAUCAGAAUGAAGAAGAUACUGAUGAAGAUGAGGAGAGUGAUGCCAGUAGUGAGGAUGAAUGUUUUUCUGAUGAGUCAGAUGAAAAUUAAUUACUUUUUUUAUAUAAAAAUAUCUACUUUUUCAUGUAUGUUACAUAAUAAAGUUGAUUUAUUUCAAUAAAUAUAUUUUCACUUUACCUCAUGUUGCACAUAGGAAAAAGGAAAAUUACGAUUAUUGUAGGACUACGGAUGCAUACCAGUUUUUUUGUAGGACAUUGUUUUAUUCGGAUAAAAAACACACUAAUGUAUCACGUGAUACUUUUGUCCUACAGUUACUAAUAAAAAAAAUGGUCCUGUGGUAUGGACAACUUAGGAGUCUAGGACUAGAAAAACGUUCCACGUAAUGUGUAGGACAAUGUGGGCGUUAAAUUAUAUAAUUAUUAACUAACCAACAAAAAAAAAUCAGCUGGUUAGUAAUAAUUUUUCAUGACCUCGUAAAUAGUACAUGUUGCAAAAAUGGGACCUCGUUGAUCAAACCUAGCAUUUUGUAGGACAAAUAUUUUUUCGGCUAAUUUAGAUUAUUAUUAUAAGAAUUAUAAAUAAAAAAACCAGUUAGUAAUGAAUUUUUGAUAACCACUAAAUCAACAAAUUAUGUUCUCAUUACCCCUGUUAGCUACCACUUACGAAAUUUUUGUACUAGCUAAUGUUGGGCGUCUCGUCAAAAUGAAGCUACUGACGAAAAAUUAGCUUGUUAGUAAUCACUUACGAAAAAGGGCGAGGGAUCCCGGUCUAGAAGAGAAGAUGACGGUAGAAAACAAUUGGGCUAAACUAUAUGAUACAGACAACGCGACAAGAAUUGUCCUUUUAAGCGACUUACUUAAGUGAUAAUAAAAAAUAAAUAAAUUGCGUUAUCGAGACUAGGAAUUUUUUCGAAGAGGUAGUGCAAAUCAUUCAAAAUUUCGUGCGGCGUCAAGGACAAUAAUUCAAUAAUACAAAUACUUCAUUAGUAGCAAAUUCAUGAUGAAUAAAAAUAGAAAGCUGAAUUAAUAUCCCGCAGUUUCUGCAAAGCAAAUUUUUUAAAUACUACGCGCCCCAAGUAAGAUCAUAAUCAUAAAGUUAGUACUUGCGGUGUACAGAGGAUGUACUGGCCAUUGGGGUGAGGUAUCUUGAACAUUGUUAUAUAGGGUGUUUGCCAGAAACUAGCAAGUCGAUCUUUCAAUGUGAUCCCUAAGGAAAUACAGUUGACAACCCAAUGUUCCUUCCUAGCUCAACUUACCAAUAUUUAGGAUGCGGUGAUUGAAAAUCGUUUUGUAAAUUUAAUUGAUAAAUUUAGUCAAAACAUAUUAUUUUCUUAUUGAAAAAAUUGUUAGACCAUUUGAGAAGCAGUAAUAUCAAAUGCUACUAAAUUUAGAGUUCGAACGCAUUGCGUUAUGAGUUAUUUAACCUAGUAGAUGUACUGCAACUUUUUUUUUAUUAUUUUUUAUUAAAUAUUACACACCCAUCGGGCAAUUUAUUGUAUACCAUACGGCAGUAUUGGCUUUAAUAGCAAAAGCUUAUUAUGUAGAAACAAAGUGGAGUUUCUCCCAAUGAUCCACGAAAUUCAUCUACAUCUGAUUCCAAGUUCUUCUCUUUUCUUUUUAACGAGAGCUAUUUCGUGGAGCAUUUCAUCAGUUUAUAGUUUUCAACUUGCUUCUGCCCAACUCAUAAUAUAGUUGUAUCAUCAGCAAAACUAGCAGUUCUAUUAUUUGUCACAUGUGUAGAGGAGAAACUACAGGAGCGGAACCAAUACACUUUCUUGUGGUACAUCAGUUUUAAUUGGUUUGAAUAUGCUUCUGCAAAAAAUACGAAUUAUUCUUCUGAUGGUUAACGUUUUUCCUUCAAUAACAUUAUAAUACUGAUUAUGUAUAUGGUAUUUUCCUUCGACUUUUCAGUCUUUUUACUCCGUUUUCUACGAUAGCACGGUAGGUGUAAUCGAUCAAAAACUGCACUGUAAAGAUUCGGAUUCUUCUUAUUAAGCCUAUUCCGGUUUCAAAUCGGAUUGAAAAUUUAGUUCUCACAUUUUGUGAUCUUAACUUCUCAAUUAAAAAAAUUAGUUCUUACAUUUUGUGAACUUAAUUUCAUCUAGUGCCCGCACUGAAAUUUACUAACGCCAUUUUGCUGCUACUACAUUUAUACUGAAAUUUACGUUUGUAUUAUAAUUUAUUCGCUUCGCAUAUAUCACAUGUAUGUUUUAAGAAGAUUUAAAAUAUUUAAAUGGAAAUAUUCAUCCAAAUAUAUUUUGAAGAGAAUAAUAAUAUGGAAAGAAACAAACAAUUAUUAACAUUUUUUGGUUUCCCUUCAAUAAUUUGGAAUUGGUGAUGGAAUUUGAUUAUAUUAAUCAACUUCAAGUUUUCCAAAUUGAGUAACUUUUUCAAUUUCAUAAAAACUAUUGAUUAAGGAUAGAAUUUGUGACAGAAGGAUUGGUAAUGAAUUAUUAUAUUAUAUUAUAUUAUAAUUAAAAUCUCCUUGUCCACUUUCAUUUCAAAGAAGCAACUAAACUGAUGUCCCUCCACGAAUUAUAGUUUGAGUUGAACAGCUUUUUAGUAAAGUAGAGGCACUCAUAUAAAUAGAUAAUUCUUGGCUACGAAAAAAAAAAAUUCAAAAUAAGAGACUCAAUAUUAAAUUUACAUUGAUCAUCUUAAUUAAUGUUCUAAAAUAAGCCUUUUAUUUUCGGUACCUCUUUUUAAUAGCCAAGGUGAGUCCUGUUGACCGCUAUUGCAACCAAAAUUUAACUACAUUGGACAGGCGCAUACUAAUUUGCAUUAAGAACUAAAGAACACCUUCACUAACCGGGUCAAUAGGAAUAUAAUAUCGAAUAUUUUACUUUACACUGAAGAGGAAUAUAAUCAAUUUUUUUCUCAAAAACACAAAAAUCUUCUGAUUCGAGGUAUUUCAAUGUAUUUAGUUAUAUAUCAUUCUAUUUUUUGUUUGUGAAAUUUUACAUGAAAAAAUUUGGAAUAUUCGAUAUUAUUUACGUUAUAAGUUUUUACAAUAAAUAUUUCUACUUAACUAUGUGAUCUAUUUACAUUAAUAUAUAGAUUUAUAUAAAUUUCUCUAUUAAAAAUAUUAUAAAUAUACUCUCUUAAGUAGGAAACAAAAAUAAUAGUUUAAAACUUAUGACUAAGGCGUUUCUAGGUGCUGAUAAAAUGUGUGUGACCAUAUUGAGAUCUGGUCCGUAAUGUUUUGAUUUUUUUAAAUUUAAUGCUGAUUUUACAAAAUAACUUUACUGUAGUUUACUUGACCAUAUAUAUGUAUGUCUUUUGAAAUAUAAUUACCACCAAAUACAGUCAUUUGUUCUCAAUUUAAUUGCACAUAACAAAGCAAUUGGAUACAGAUCAGUCUCUAUUCAGAUAUAAAAAUGUUAAUUUGUUCAUUAUAGAAUUUCGAAUUUGUAUUUAUAUGGAAUAUUCACUGCUUUUUUGAAUAUCCUGAGAAGUAGUUUAGUUUAUAGAAGUUACUAGUUUUUAAAAUUAAAUUUACUUUAUAUCUCAAUAUUAUUAAAACGAAUGAAUGAAAACAAUGAUAAGUUGGUUUUUUACUUGACAAACGCAAAAAGAACGCAUGAAUUUCAAAGCGGUAUAAUUUGCUUUAUUUUAGAAGUUUACUUCAGACAGAUAGCGUCCUUUUGUGCAACAGCGACCAAGCGACUUCUGCUUUAUAACUGAUCCAAUUGUGUGAGAAGAGACAACCCAACGAGGUAUUUUAUUGCGAUCAGGUAUCGAACCACGUGAGGAAAAGCCGUUGAACAGUAAUAACAGUUUCAUUACUUUUAAAAAAAUGUUCAACACCUAAAAUGCAUUGCGCCACGGUCCACUGCGCAUUUGCUACUAAAACUGGACGCUCUAACCCACAAAACAACUAGCCUGCGCCCCUUCAAUCCGCUCCAUCCACUCUCAUUACUCAUCUCAAGCUCAUGCGUUCUUUUUGCGCCAUCCAUUAUAUGACUAUUGAGUAAUGAUACGACUAAUGCUAAUUCUAGCAAACUGCAGCUGCUCCUCGACCUGUUGAACAUAUAUAAGUGUGAUGACCGUUCCUCCAAUUUAGGAUGACUAAAAAGCAAACCGUUCAGUGACAGUCGAUUGGUAUGUGCACUAAAAAUGCAUUGUUAAAAAAAGUCUCCGAGAAUAAAAAGAAUAAAGUUUUGAGUAUUCCUAACGGUUUAAUGAAUAGCGUAAUAUAUCCGAAGAUAAUCUGUCCUCAGAACAAAUCUUACAAGAAAAACCUUACAGAAAUGGCAAAUUAUUCAGUGCUGAUCAAUGUUUGAGCAUUCGAGGCUUUAUGUGAGAAUGUAAGGAAAAAAUACCAGAUUUAAGGAAGACCAAACCAGAUCUGGCCUACUGUCACUUUAUUUAAUUUCAAGAAAACCACAGGAAAAAAGAGACUUUCAGUUUAUUGCUUUCCACAAUGGAGUCGUAUGAUAGAUACAAUUUGUUUCUUAUAGCUUUUUAAUAAAUGAAAGUUCAAUAACUGUUUUCGUUACGUCAAUGUAUGUUACAUAAUUUGAAAAUGCGAUGCAAUGAAUCCAUGUUUGUUUUCUCUCAUAUAUGAAAAUUUAAAACACGCGGCAACACGACCUUCUAAAGCAACCUCGUAAUUGUAGUGUGUUUGGUACUUUGUAUAUCUGGAAUAGUCUUGAUCAUUUUAAUACGAGCUUCGAUAUGGGUCUGCAAAUUAAUGGAGUAAAUCAAAUUUUGUGCUUUAAUGGAACUCGAUCAAUAACUUCCGUACUAAUUAUUUAUUUAUAAUGAUUUUUAAAAAAGGGUUUGAGUGAAGUGGAUACCUGAUUUGUUAACUGAUGACCAAAAAACAUCCAGAAUGAACAAGGCCAAUUUUAUGGUUAAAUAAUUUUAUAAAGAACGUAGCCAGUGUUUUUCACAUUUUCAUGAAACCUGAAACCAAGAAGUAGUCGAGGGUUGGGAACGGUCUUAAAAUUUCAAUGCUCACGCAUUCUGCACGAAAAGCCGUUGUGCGAUUACAUUGGAAAAUCCAAGACCAGUGAUUGUAGACUAAUCUAUGACAAAAUUCCUGUUUCUGCUUACAAUGCUAUGAGAACUAAGAACAUUUUUGCCGAACAAGAUGUUAACUUGCUUUAUUUAUUCCCGACAUUUGAGAAAAAGCAUUUGAACUUAAUAGAGAAUAUUCAAACAAAUUUUACGCCAUAAUAUUUCAGUGUUUGAAUAUCUAGUAAUUACAUGGUUUACAUUGUCACUCAGUAUUGUAUAUUACGAAGGCCAAUAUAAGAUAUACUUUAUAAUCAAUCAAGAUUAUUAACAAGAACGUUUUAUGAAUGUACACGUAGUUAUCUAUCUGUCCUUAGAAUCCCAUAAGAAGUAUUGUAACACGUUAAUAAUAAGUUUUAGUUUACCUUCAGUUUCUGAAGACGUUAACUUUGUUACCAGACAGUGUAAUUGAGAGUGUUGGUGUAGUGGUAUUGUAGACAGUUUGAAUAUCACCAACAGUUCAGAAAGUUUCAACUAAGUUCAUGACAACCUGAUUUAAAACCUUUUCCGAUCUACAUCUGGAAGUACUGAAAUAUAUUCUGUCAUUCGUGAUUUGAUGGAAAGUACGAUAGUAUUUUAUUUCAACCUGAAAUUCCGAAAUGCGGGUCAGGGUUAAGCAUUGAUCAAUCUCAUUUAUCCUAAGGCUGACUUGCAUACUUGUGGUCUUAACAUCAUAGACUGCUUCUAUUGGUAUUCAUGGUACAUCAAACCGUAAAUCCUCUCAUCCACCAUUAUCAUCCAUGUAUGAUUAUUUAAUUAUAUUUAUUAUUUUGUUUCUUUGUAAUCAACAGUUACAAUUAAUCUGAUUGAUUCAAGAGAAAAAUAAUGAGAAACAAAUCGUCGUGAAUUUUCAUAGGAAGAGCCAAUUCAAUUGGUAUAAGUGUAAUCAAUGUUAAUCUUAUCUCCCGAUUUUAGGUAUUAAACAUUUCUCACCGCUACUACAAACAUUAAAAAGUUAAUUUACGUCGGAUUUGUAUGUCCAUAACAUAAAAAGGGUGGAAGUGUUAAUUCUCCUUCUCUCAUAUUUCUAUUAAACACAAAUAGAAAAGUCGGUUUAACAACGGAUUCGAACGUCUAGUUGAGAGGCUACAUUAGGGACUAUAAACUAUGUUCGGUUUUGCACUGGUUUCCGACAGGUGGCAUGGAGAAUUAGCAGACCAACCACCAUUCCACUACACUACGAUUAUAUUUUGAUUGAUUAUUGUAUUGUAUUCGGAAAAACCAAAUAUUAAUCCAGUUAAUACUAUUCCAAAGGGGCACUUUUGAAUUAUUUCUUUAGCUUAGUUUUACAUCCUUGCAUUGUAUUGACCGCCUCAUCUUCCUGAAGUGCAUUGAAAAGGCAGAAUUUGAAUCUGACUAACUAUUAGCGAUAUACGUCAUGUAAUAACUAAUAGAAUAAUGAAUUUAUUAAUUAUAAAACUUGCUAAAGCAAAAGGAGAGUUGACGAUUUUCUGUGAGUUUAUAAAUGGGAAAGAAGGGUACCUAAAUAACUCAAAUUAAUAAUAACGAUAUUGUGUGACAAUGCAUUGUUUACAACGAGUGUCUGACAUGAAGGUGUUGAAAGGAAAUAGAAGUCAUAAAUUAUCACAGUAGAAUUCACCCAUGAAAUAAUCAUAUUGGUUAGUAUGAUCACUAAGGAGGAGAUUUUCAAUUUUGUUAGUGAUAUUGAUAUUUCAUUGAAUUAUAUAGGUGGAUAUGCACACCAGAUGAUGAGUUUUCAUAUAUAUUGAAUAAAAGAACCAAAUAUAUUAUUUGGAUAUAUGGGAUACACGCAAUUAUAUGACAAUUACAAUUGCUUUCGAUACCUUCGAAAAAUAAAAUUGAUAGUAAUGAUUCUACAGAUACAGGAACCAAAAUGAAAAGAUUUUCUUGAAAAAUUGUAUUCUAUUGAAUGUUCAAAAAACAUUGUUGAAUGACUUGAUCGGGUCCUAAUCAUAUGAUAAGAUCCUUUCUACCCUGGUAGACCGGUAGGUAAAUGCUAUCAGAUGACGGAUAAUUUCAACAUUAAAAAUUAUUUAUUCCUCUUAAAUGGCUGUCUAUUAUCAAUUCUCGUGACCUGCGUAAUUUAUAGGUUAUUGAGGUUUGCUGUUUUUUCUCCUUGUUCGGAGAUAAAACGUUAAUAACUGCUCAAUUAUAAUUAUUAAACAUCUAGAAUCUAUUAUACAACUAAAGAAGUAUUAUGGAAGAAAUAUCACACAAAAGUGAUAACAAUCAAAGGUUCUUGUGGAAAAUGUUGUAUUUUUGAAGUUUCCACCGACAGUUGAACGCGACGUUCGGAACCUGUGAUCAAAAUCUCGUUCUUGGUUAGACCUCGCAAUUAGCUGGGUGAUUUAACCAAACCCGGAUUAUAGUUUCCGAAAACUACUUACAGAAACGCGAUCCAUGAAUUUAUUUUAGAAAUUCCCCUAAAAAUGUUUUCGUGGAUGUGAUAGUAUUAAUUUUUAAUAAACAAACACGUGAUUACAAUUAAGCUUAAGUCAUAAGUUGAAUUUUGAUAUUUAAAAAUAGAAUGAAACCGAGACAUAUGUCACCUCUCAUCAAAACAAAAAUUAAUGAAUGUGUAGAAUGUAUUUUUGUAUAUCCCACGAUUUACAGCUCUAUCAGUGUUGUCUUUAAACGAGAGUUUUUUCAGAAAAUUCAAUUACAAGAAACACAGUAUCUAAUCUAAAUUAACUAUAAUCCAAACAUGUGGUAAUAUUUUGGAGUUACUCCAUUUUUUUUGUAUAAUUGGAAUUCAAGGAGUCGAUAUCGAUCAAUUUGGGAAUCCUACAUCUGAAUAAUAGGUGGGCCUUAACAUCGAUGAAGCUAUCACAAUCGUUUGUUAUAACGUAAAAGAAAUUGGUCCUCCUGUCAGCCAAUACGUAAUAUGUUUAUUUCAUCAGAAGAAUUUCAAAUGAAACUGAGCGCCUUAAAUUUUAUGGAAAAUCAAAGAUGACUUCAUUCUAUAAUAUUCACAUAAUGUACACCAUUCAAGAUUUUACUUUACAAUCGUCUAAAAAGUAUUUUAUGAUGAUAAUUUAGGCUGUAGAUUGUAAUUAUUAGUUAUAUUAGUUAUUAUGGAAGAAAUAGUGUCUGUACACACAGUUUUUAAAAAUAAACUCGUUUUUAUACCGAGACAUAAUAUCAAAUGUUAGGAAUGUGAUCAAUUGAUUAAUAGAAUUAUGCAAGUUGUUAAUGUCACGUCAAAUUUUGAUACCGAAGACAAUAUAUUGACAAUAUUGUUACAAACUCGUCCACGACAUGGACCUUGAAACCAGUCCAGUUCGAUUAUAAUAAAAGAAAAGGUUUGACGGAUGCUGCAGUUCUCGGAAAAGUUGUUUACAUGUUUUUAUAUACAUAGCGACGAUUUGUUUAUAUUGUUUUUCUAGAAUUAAUUCUUCACUUUCUAGAAUCGAAUAAUCAGAAAAUUCUAUUUGUUUGAAUAUUCACUUGUUCAUUAGCGAGAAAGUCAGCAAAUAAUCUCAUGUCUUUCCGAACACAUCGGGAUAGAUAAGUAAAUGGGGUAUUUAAAUAAAUUAAUAUGUUAAAAAUUAGGUAAGUGUCUUAGUGUAUAGUUUAGUUACUAGUAAAUAGUUUGGAGUACUUAAUGUAAGUGUAUAAGUAAAUUAAGUACCGUUAAAAAGUCAUUCAAAUAAAUUAAAAGAAAAACUUUGGGAUAAGUUAUAGUUGAAGUAGAUUUUGGUACAAGUACAGUUAUUAUUUGAAAUAUUUCUUUCACGAUUAUUUUGAGAAUUUUGAAAACUAAAUUAGCGUUAUUUGGAUUCCUUCAAAUGGUUUUCACAUGGAAGUAUCCAUAAAUUUUUUUGAUUACUACUCAAUACUCUUCUAUUGUCUAUAUCAAAAAACGAUCAAUUUUUUUUUGAGAAAUGCCAAGAAAUUUCUAUUCGGAUUUAUUACGUGAUAAUAAGUUUUAGACCGUAAAUUGUUCUCUUCCCAUUGAUUGCAUAAGGUGUAAUUUAUUAAGUUUCAUUAAAAUCGUUCUUGAGGGAAUCGAUUCCAUAGAUUCACAAUGUUAAGUAUAUAUUAAUUGAUUAUUGGAAAUAUAUUUUGAACAAAUGACAUUUCAUUUUAAGUUGAUUAUUGAAUAAAACGAAUCCAAGAUUCAAAAAAUCAAUUAAAUACUUAAUUUAUAACAAUUCACCAUCCGAGAGGUGAGGCUGCUUUUUUAAUAAUUAAUUUUAGCAUUACUUUUGAAGCAUUUACAAUUUAAAGAAAUUUGAAUUUCACAAGAGGGGGAGAAAAUAAAAACACCAAAAUAAUUUCUUUAAAAUAUCUCAAAAACAAAAAAAGAUGUGGAAGAUGUAUAUUAAGAUUUUCUAUUCACUUUUGACGUUGAUGCGAUAAUAAUUGGAGUAUUUACAUAAAUCAAAAUCUAAGAUUUUUCUUAAUUCAUGCAAAAAUAUUGCUUAUAAAUUCAUUAUGGUUCUUUCCUAUAGAAAAAUUUCUUCAUCCCACCCUCUUUGGAUAUAUUUCCUCUACAAGGUUACAAGUCAAAUUGAAUUUAAAAAAAAAACGAAACAAACCAAGGAAGGGGUGAGAUAAGCAAUUUUUCUUCGCUUUUUUUCCAGAUUUAGUUCAAAAAUAUUGGCAUAUUCAAAAUAUCUUUAAAUCGAAAUUUCGUUUAUUAAAUAAUGACUAACUAAUGAGGUUGUACAACAAUAAAGGAGAUGGAAGAAUCAAAUACGAUUGUUUAAGGUAAGUGUUUACUGCGCGAGACGCACGUAUUUUUUUGAAGUGUGUUCACUUGGCGGUACGACACCUCGAACAGUUUAUAAUAAUCAAUAUUUUUAUAAAAAUUAAUUGAAAAAAAUAGGAAUAUACGAUGUAUACAAUAGAGGACAAGUAUUUGGGGAAUUUAGAGCCAGAUUUGCUUAAGGACAAAGUAAAGUUUUUUAUUAUUUUACAAUGAAUUGUAAGAAAUUUGUAGGUCUACUUAUUAUACUGCAACGUGGAUCAAUUAGAAACAACCCAAUAUUCCGACGGGUAAAAGGACAAUUUACAGUUACUUUGUAGACAGUUUAUUUUUAUAAAGGAAAAAUGGAGUCGGUUGUACUUUCCGUUAGGCUGCUAAUUAGAGGACACGUUGUAUUGUUCGCUGCAUUUAAAACAGUGCGAAGCAUACGGUUCAAGGUACAAACAGAAUUACUGUUCAAGAGUUCGAUUUCCUAUCCAAACUAAAAUAUCAAGUAAUAAGUGUGUUUACGUUUACAGAAGCAUCUAACCAAAAUGCUGGAAUUGAUCUAUAACUUAAAUAAUUUUCACUAAUCUACAAUGAUAUUUAACUCUACUCGUGAACUGUAAACUGAAUGUUUAUGUACACAAUAGAUAACUUAGCUUUUGGGUUUCAAGGUGAUUAAUUGAAUUUUUGGAAAAAAAUGCGGAUUCGAUUAUUGUUUACUAGAAACUAAAUUUAAAUCUCAUAACGAUCCAAGAAUAUUUGUUUUGUCAUCAAAGUUAUUAUUUUUUCGUAAUAAAAAAAUUUAUUAAAUUAAGUGGGAAAGAAAGGUAUCUGUGUAAAAUUAACCUACGAAAGAUGGUUAGUUUUGUUAAACAGAAUACUCCUUUAAACAGAAUAGAAUAUUGGGAACAAAAAAUACAUCCAAAUUUUGAAGUUUGAAAAAGAUUUGAGUAAAAGAAUAUAAUUAAGAAUAAAAACAUAACAUUGGUCAAUUUUUUUCUCAGAAUUCAUUAACUCCAGAAUAAAACUAUAGGAUACUAAGUACUUUUUUAUUUUCUAAAACUAAAUCAAGUAAAAAAAAAUUGAUAAUAAGGGUUGCUACUUAUUCCCCUCAUAAUAUAACAGGGAUUUUGAAAAAUUUUUGAUGGUUAUGCCUUGCGUGAGAAUUAUAAAAUUAUGUUCAUAUCUUUAACUGAGAAAAAAAAUUAAACUUACUCACUAAUUUUCAAGAGUGAUAGGAUAAAGGAAAGUCAGCAUAAUUUUAUGAGGGCAAUCCCAACUUUUAUCGCUUGAAUUUAAAAACACUCAGUACAUUCAACUGCUUUUCAAGAGGAUUUAAAUAAAAUUUUAAACUCUAUAUUUUUGAUUUAAAACUUUCUUCCGUAUCUUUUUAUGUUUUCGAGAUAUUUCAAGAAACUGGUUCUAUGGUAGUCUCUAAUUAAUUUUCACCUUAAAAUUUAUAUCCAGCAUUUUUUAAUGAUAAAUCUCCUUAUAUUGGAAAAUUUGAAUAGUUAUCAAGUGAAAAUUAUUUGGAUCCAAAUUUUAAAAUAUUGUGGUUUAAGUUCAAAAUAUGACAUACAAAUAUAUAAUCAUUUCAAAACGAUGGACAAAUCUCUGACAAAAAAUUAUAGGCACACACAACAUGCAAUUAUUAACAUAAAAAUCUCUUUGACGUACCCCUUAACGUAUCAUACAAAUAUGUAUAUAAAUAUUAAUAUCUAUGAAAACUAUUUGUAUAUGAUUAUUGCUAUAUAUUUCCUGUGGUAAACAACGUAAAUUUCUCUAUAAAACACAACAUAAAAGGAACAUACGACUUUGCAGGAUAACGGCUUGUUUAUUUUCGUUUACAACCAAAUACCAAACUUUAUGGAACGUGGGAACACAUUAAACCAAUUGAAAUAUUUGACUGUAAUUCAGUUCAUAAUAUCUGUGCUGAAGGUAUGGUUUAAUUGAAGCUGGUACAUUGACUUAAGAUAGUAAGUUCAACCAAUACUGAUGUACUCAAAAAAUGACAAAAAUACGGUUAAAAAUAGUUUUUUACUCAUAAGUAUUGUUCACUAUAACGAAUUGUGAUCUUCAUCCAAAUAUAUAUUAAUUGAGGUGAAUGUCAAUUGUAUUAGAUUUUGCAUAUUCUGUUAAAUCAUACUAUCUAUCAAUAAGACAUCGUUCAACUUAUAUAGGACACUACAAAUGAUAUAUUGUCAUAUGUUGAACAUCUUAAUUGACCAAUUAUCCUUAGGUAAAGUAUUGAUUCAGAUUUAGAUUGGAUGAUUUGAAUGCAAAAAUCAAGGAAAAACGGCCUCUUAUGUUGGAGAAAAAACACUGUUUCACCAAGGCAAUACACCUAUGGUAAUGAUUGUUAAAUUGAAUGAAUAACACUUCGAAUUGCUUUCUUAACCACCGUAUAGUCCAGAUUUUGCCCCCAGUGACUACUGUCUAUUAGCUGAUUUCAAAAAAAUGCUGACCGGUAAGAAAUUCAGCUUAAAUGAAGAAGCACUUGAAGAAACUGAAGCCUAUCGAUAAAUUGGAGAAGCGUUGGAAUGAUUAAUUUUUGGCAAAACAUGUCUUCUUCUCAGUAAGUCUCUCUACUUAUUGAGUAAUGUGAUAUUGUUAUCAAUGGAGAGUAGAUGAAAUUUAAUGUCAAGUUGACAAAUUGUUUGUAAAUCCACAUAUACUGACUUUGUAAGGAGCGACAUUUGUCUGGAAACUAGGUACAUAGUUUGAUAAAAAAAAACAGAAAAACGUUUGUACUUUUGGAUGUAAAGAGUCCCAAAUCAACUUUUGGUGUUGAAAUGUUACAUUGAUAUCUAUAUCUGGGGGAAAAACUGAUUUUAUUUUAGAGAGUUAUUCAACUAAAUCGCAUUGAUUGAGAAAAUUUACUUUUUUUUUGGUUGUAUUUCUAUAGAAUAAAUUCAUGUGAUUCCACAUCGUGAGAAUAAGAUACAUAUUUGGAAAUAUUAUUAUGAGAAAAAAUUGGAUAGGCAGAACGAUUACAAAGUUCAUUAGUGAUCUUCUGUAUCCUCUAUUCAUAGAUUUUUCCUGCAAUAGAAAAAAUUCCAAUCUCAUAGAUAUUUUAGAUGUCGUCAUGAAGUAAAAUGAGAAAGCAAUAUUCUCUAUGCCUUCGGAAAAUAGAAAUCCAAAGAAUAAUACAUUUACUAAACAAUCAAUUGAGAAUACUAGAAUAUUAAUUUGAAAGCUGGAAUUUAACUUAAGUAUAUAGGAAAAUUUUACGUUUAGAAGUAACUAGCUGAGAAAAAAAGAAAUGAAAAAGAAAUAGCUAAAAAACGGUUACGAAAAAGAUAAUGGCGAUAAUAGAAGUAAUAAUAACUAAUUUAUGAUUAAACCUAGACAAAUAAUCAAACCUCAUUCAUUCAAACAAAUCGAAUUAAUUAAUGAUGGAGCAAUGGACAUGUGUAAGUAAAAUACUAUUUGUAAAAUAUUUUUAACCAAUUGAUUCCUAUAUUUUCUAAAAAUUUCCCAUUUGUGACAUAAAGUUUUUAUAUCCUAUUUGGAUGUAUGCCGAAAAUAAACAGUUGUGGUGUGGCAACGGUGGUCUCACUACUUUAAUCGGCAAAUCUGGUCAGUGAACAAUAACACUCUGUAUAUAUUAAUUCAAACCAUCCAUACCACUAAUCCCUGCACUCUAAUACUGCAAAGGUACACUAUUCCGUCAGAAUAGAUGAUUCAAUGGCGUGGUAAAAAUAAUGUUUUUGACAAAAUUAAUAGGAGCGAGUUAAGCAUAUUUUAGAAAAAAACGAGACCAUUUGUGAAUUUAAAUGAAGCAUAUCUGAAAUAUUUAAAAAAUUUAUGGUAAUAUUUAGAUUGCAUUUAAUUACUAAAAGGCUAUAAAAGGAAUUAUAAAAUUUUUGCAUAACUUUCCACUUUAUGAUUUGUUCUUAAUGGUCACUUAUGUAUAUUAUAUUAUGAGAAGAAACUUAUUCAACAUUCUUGUCAUAAAGAUACUCGAUAUGAGUGAAACGAAUCUUGUAUAAUUGAAAUUACAUUAUCAAGGAUAUUUGUGGAAUUCUUAAUGCAUGUAGUUAUAGAUUAUAACAAGGAAAAAAUCGCGUGGUCACUAAAAUUACAGUGUUUGUUUAGAAAUUCAUGCUCUUUCAGAAAAUAACAAAAUUAUAUAAAUCGUACGAGAAAAUUUUUUCUAGAGCUGUCAAAACCUAAUUUUCAGGCAAUUUCCUUUGAAAAUCACUUUUUAAACAAGAUGGACGACCACGGGAGUGUUACCGACCCGCAAUGCAACAGGUGAUUGCAUGGUGCUGUAAAAAUUUUUAAAAAUUGUCCUCUUUUGAGUUUUCAAAAUUUAAUUUUUUGAAAAUUUAUUCUGCCGUUCUUCAAAGGAGAAAACAACUACUUUCCUGGCUAAUGCCUCGACAAAUAUUGAAUAAUUGUUUUAUCUUUCGAAGAACAGCCGAAUAAAUUUCCAAAAUAUUAAUUUCGAAAUUAUUUCAGAGGUAGAAAUCCUUUAUUUUGAUGUAUUUUACACACCUCAUUUACCAUCGUAAUCUUUAUUAUCGGUGACUAUGCUAGAUUUCUACCUGACCAGUAGUUCGACGUUGGUAUGUUUAACUACAUGUACCAAAUAACGACGCGACGCUUUCACGUAGUCUUCAAUUCGGGUCUCAAGCUCGAACGGUGAUUGUUAAACUGUUCUAAUGAGACGUAAUAACGUCGAAACUAGACAGUAGUUACAGGAUCUCGUUGCAAUUACGAGCCAUUGGGGAUGUUAAUAUUGACAAAAAGGUCGAUUGACAUCACGCUCUUCAGAGGAGUUGUAAUUCAAUAUUCUUCGAGGCAUUAGCCAAGCAAGUACUUCUUCCAUACGAUAAUCCUUCACGAAUUCCGAUAAAUCUAUUAUAGAGAAGGGGUAUCAACAUGAUUUCCGUCAUAGUCCUCCGCUUGUGUCACUUUCUCCGGGUUUAUCUACAGCGAACCAUCUUAAGGAUCCUCAGAGGCGCAGAGUGAGCGACAACAUAAACGUAGUAACAGGUGACUGAUGAUUUUAAAACGUAAAUAUUAGCUCUAACAUCUCUGUGAGAUCGAAUUGCCAAUGUAGGUCUUUCUCCACCCUCCCGCUUAUUCACCCCCCUCGUGUUAAUGACCAUACAACAGCAACAGCACAGUUAUAAGGCAUUUAAGUUUGGCAUCAUGCCAAUAUAAUGUUUUUUGUUGUAUUUCUCGAAAAAUCUCAACGUCGUCCGUCAUAAAUAUUCAUGCGACGUACUAUUAUGAUUUUGGAAGAUGCAUACGACUCCAACUGUAGUAGACAAUAGAGAAAAAUGUACCCGUUUGGACAGAGAGCUCAAAAUUACACGAUUUUUAAGAAUUUUGACAUCACCAUACAUAUAACCUGUUGCUUUCUGGGUCGGGAACUUCCUUGCAGUCUUCCGUCUUGGUUCUGUAAUGCCAAGUACCUAAGACACCUACUAAUGAUGACCGGUCAAAAAUGAUUGUCAAAGGAAAUUUUCUCAAAAUUAAGCUUCGACAGCUCUGGAAAGAAAACUCCCAAGGAAAAAUAUAUCACAUUUUCUGGGGUAGAUUUCAAGACGGAUAGAUAAUUUCAGAUAAAUUAUGAAGAUGCCAAGUGGAAAUCGAUGACUUCUAGCGUAUCAUUCGAGUUAAUCUUAUACUUACUCUCCACGUGAAUUUUUUAAAUAUGAAAAAACAGCAAAAAAGACAUAAAAAUGAAAAUAUACAAGUUCAAGAUUAAAAGUUCACAGAGAAAAAUAACAGCAACUAAUAUGAAUCAACCAUCGAAAAUAGCGGGGAAAUCGAGGAUGAAUAGGAUAAGAAUUGAGGCAAUUAUAGAAAAGCUUAAACGGGAACUAUAGAGAUAAAAAUAGUUAAAAGAUGUUUAAUUUGGUUGACAACAUAGAGAGGAAAAUACCAUGGAGUCUGGUAAAAAAAGUAACAGAAGCAAAGAGACAUAAGAAGGAAGAAAAGAUUCUUGAAAAUUUGACUGCAUCAAAUAGCGCAAGAUGGAGAAAAAGGGGGAAAACAAUAUGACAAAUGAUUGAAGUAGUAAAGAUUCGUAGAGUGGAAAUAAUGAAUAAAAUGAGAUUUAAAGCUAAUACCCCACUAUUAUGAUGUUCCAAAGGAAAUAAAGAGUUCUAAGAGUGAAAAUGAGAAAUUCUUUAUAAUUUUGAGCAUAUUGAAUAAUAGAUAACUCCUCAUUUUUGUUCACACUUAUAUAAAAAUUAAUAAAUGAUGCAAUUAUAUAAAAUUUUGAGCUGAUUAUCAUUAUGAGUUAUGCGCAAAUGGUCUCUUUUUCAAUCAAUAAUAAUUGAAUUAUUCUAUAAAAAGCAAUGCGUGAAAAUUUAUUUCCAAAAUAUAAUUGUAAAAGUGAAUAGUUGGCACAGUGACAACAUCUAAAUGUUUAAUCGAACUACGUAUUUUUGUAAAUGAAGCACGUAAAAACACUCACUCAUACCACGUUGCCAAUGAUCUGUGGAAUGAAUGUAAAAUAGGCAGAAGUUCGUCAAAUUAUUACUGACAGAAAUAUGUUUGUAUUUCUUUUCACAAUGAAUAUAUCAAAUACACUUCAUGAACUAUAUUAUUUAGGAUAUUGCUUUUUUUACUUUAUGCACCCAUUAUGAUAUGUUUUUGAAUUCGGCUUCCGCUUUCUGAAUUUUAUUUGUAGAGUUUAAAUAUCCAAUAUAUUUAUUUUUUAGGAUUAACAAAUUUUGUUGUGAUAAACAACAACUUUUUAUUAUCAUUUGAAAAAUCAAAUUAUCUUUACAUAUUACGUCAGUUAAACUAUACUUUGCCAAUUCAAAGGUUAUAUAUUUGUAAAAAAUAUUACCAUUUAAAAAUGAAAAUUCUUAAAAAUUGUUGAUGAUUCUAUAUUAUUGAACAGAAUAAUUCUAAUCACAUGAUUGCUGUUUAAGGAGCUAAUCUCCCAUCUCAACUGAAAUAUCGGGUAAUAAGUAUGUAAUUAUAUAUUUAAUUGAGCAUUCUUUAUAAAAAUUAUCAGUCUGCUCUGUUUUUAAGUAUUAAAUGUGACAGGUAUGUAUUUGUGCAAAUAAUAUGCAUUUUCACAUAGAAAUUAUAGUGUGUAUUGUGUUUAAUUCUUGUAACUGAAGUGAGCUGUUUCAAUCAACAUAGAAUAUUAAGAACAAAGAACACAUCCACUUUAAGUGUGUGUUUCACAAUUGAACAAAGUGUUUGAGCACCUCAAGAUAUAAAUCAAAAUUAUGUCGCAAGAUUGCAGUCUUGCUUCCUCACAAAGUACACAGCAAAGUGAGUAAAAAUGCCACAAAACGUUUUUUUAUGUUGCUACUGAGGAAAGUUUCAAAAUUUUAAGGACAAAAUUAUUUUCUUUCUAAUUCUAGUUUCAUUCAAAGUAUUAAGAAAAUCUCUCUACUCGUAAAUUACAGUUAACAGAUGUGGUUUUCUUCCUAAGGGAGCCUGUACCCUUUGAAGAUAAUAGUUUCCAAAAUAUAUAAAUGUAUGUUAAAAAACCAUAACACAAACUUGUACAGGCCUACAAUGAUAAAAAAAUUGUGAUAUAGGCUACAAAUGAAUGUGGUAAAUUUUUUGUGUAUCAUUUUGCUUGUGUUUGAUUGAUUAUUAUUUGAUAAUACAUAUAAGAUUUAUAAGAUGUCUAAGAUCUGUCUCUAGAUCGUUCAUUUUUGCCAAACGUGCUCAAGUUUGACUGUAAGACAUAGAAUUUGAUCAAAUUUACAAAAUAUUAAUUGUUUAUAACGACAAGAAGAAACGAGUUUAUAAUUAUUUAGUGAAUAACUGGUUCAACCUUAUAGAAUAUACUAAUUUGAAAGUUUGAAGGUAGAUAGUUUUUUUGAUGUAUCUGAGUCAAUACCAUCAUCUCCAAACAGCGCUAGCUAUUUUAAAUACAUAGAACUUUUAGUUAUUCACUAAAAAUUAAUUUAGAACUACAGAUAAAUACACCAAAAACUCUCAGAAUCGGCAUAAUAGGCGAAAGGUUUCUCUUUUUAGUCCUCAAAUUGUCAUUGAUAUUAUUUAAUUUCGUCAUGUAUUGGUGACAACAGUUCUCUGGUAUCCUAUGUAAACCCCUAAAUUAUAUUUAAAAUGAUCCAAGUGAUCAAUUCCAAGGACAUUUUUAAAUGCUCGCGUUCGAAAUUAUCAAGCACAUCAGAAAUAAGCUGUUUGUAAUUUGAAUAACUUUCAGUUACCAUAUUGAGUGUGUGCCCUGCACUAGUUUGAGAAACAGAAUUCUUUUUAUAUUAGAAAACUUCAGAAUCUUGUCGAGCACUUUUUGAAAAUGGCAUAAGACUUAAUUUUAUAUACUGGUAAGGUAUUGAUUGAAUAUUUUAGGUUAUAAGUGUUAUGAACAAAUAAAGUAUGUCGAUUAUAUCAAUUCACAAGCAAAGAUAAUACGGUUUUAUAAUAUCCACCUAAUAUCACAAAUCAGUACCAACCAGGCACAUUCUUAUUUCGAAGUUUAAAAUAACUUUACAGCAAUUUUGUUUGAGCAUUACAGAAUAAGUCAGAGAAUCUCAUUGAAAUUUAUUAUUAAUAUCGAGUAGAACUGCUCUCAAUUUUUUCAAAAUACGUAAAUUUUCAAAUAUUCUUAGAAUUUGUACACAAUGCGGAAUAACCAAGUGAAACAUGCAUCGUUUAACCUCUCGAGACCUUGUGUCAUAUUUGUUUAAUAUGAAACUCAAAUUAUUCUAGUGGCUCCAUCUCUUAUAAACCAAGCAAACUCUAUAAAUA